AAGAAGUCUUGCCUGGGCGGGAACAUAUGCCUCCGGUAUAAACAGGAAAAUGGCAUCGUCGAGUGAUAUUAUAUCCAGCACGACUGAUAAAAUUAAUUUAUCUGAAGUCGAAGGUGUUGUCCAGUCAUGGAUAAUCGAUUAUUACUUCGCGUCCCUGUGUCGGCUCUUCAGAGACAGAUCCGUGCUGGAGUUUCGUAAAACUUUAAAACUAUUUGAAAGUAUAGUGGAUGAUCUCGAGUCGAGUUCGCACGGGUCAGAUCACUCUACGCAGAGAACGAUCUGCUGCUUCCUUGCCAGAGUGAUGGACGGGGAAAAUUUGGAAGUCCAUUAUGAUCACGUUUCUCAGAUCACACCCUUGAUGUCAGCGUUACCGAUUUGGGAGACGUUAAAGGACGUGUCUGAGUCAGACUUGCAUGCUAAGAUCAAGACUCUGCUGAUUGUUCAGUCGGUCGCUGUGUGUGUGAGGAAAGGACAUUCAAAGACGGCAAAUAAAACCCUGCAGUGGUUGGAAAAAGAGACUGAGUUACCAGCGAAGCUACAAGGCAAGCUGGCCACCAUUGUGAGUAAGAAGGAUGCAUACGACCAGCUCCUGAUGAACUUCACUUUAGAGCAGCUGUUGGAGAACAUUGACACAUUCCUCAUUGCCUUCAGCCAAGAACGCUCCUCCGUUUUCUUAUUUGAAGCAGCAUUAAAAGUGGUCCAAGCCCGUUAUGGGAGAUCAGAGAAAACCUCAUCUGAACAGGAGGAAAGUGAAAUGACUCCAUCCAGCACAGAGUCAAACAAACCAGAAGAAAAUGAGGAACAGGUGGAUCCACUGGUGCUAAAUAUCAGACCCAAAAAGAAACUUUUUUCAAAGCAAAUCCGUGACGUAUGGAAACCAGAAACUGCAAAAAAAAAGCAAACCACACACAGAAGAACCUCCAUUUUCAAAAUUUCUAGAAGAAGUAGUGUCUGUUCAGAUUUACGAAGCAAUGUUACUAUGACGAGCCAGCCCAGGAGGAGAUGGAACGCAGAAGAAGACAAGAAGCUGAAAGCAGGCGUGAAGAAGUUUGGGGAGGGUAGAUGGACAAUGAUUCUGAAUGAAUUUGACUUUGAAAACCGCACUGGUGUCAAUCUUAAGGACAGAUGGAGGACCCUGAAGAAAAUGGAAGGCUAUUGAGCUGUUGGCGGCUUCUGAUUUUUAGUGCUUUAGAAUUUACUUUUUCAGUAUUUAAGCUAUUUUCAGUCACAUUUUGUUCUGUGAAUAAUUUUUUUAUGCGUGUAAUUUCACAAGUAUAACUGCUUAGCAGAAAUAUGGCUGCUUGAAAAAUCGCUUUCGAAGCUUUCCGUUGUUGCUCGUUUGAAUCGCAAGACCCAAAUUUGUCCAGUAGAGGAUGCAAGUGAGGUAAAUGAGAGCUUUUUUUUUUCUUCUUCUUCUUUAAAUUCCAAGAGAUUUUCACAGGGAAAAAAGUUUGAAACAAUACAACUGUAAAAACUAAACAGCUUUUAAUAAAUGUAUGUAAACGUG